UAGCUGCAAUAUAUUAGUACGAGCAUUUUUUAAACACGAAAACAUUUUGUCAUAUCAAAAUUUCAUCCGUCGUGAAUUUAAAAAACAAAUAUGUUCAGUCAGAUGAAAUUUUACGCUCUUCCGGUGAUUCUUGCAGGAUAUUUACAUUUAGUAAUAGGAGAAACUGGUCCUUUUACAAGUAGGAUAUAUCUAGAGAAAGCAGAGGCGCAGGGAAAGACUGAUAUGCUAAACAUUGACACUACACAGUCUCCAAUCCGGGAACUGCAUCAAAAUAAAGAAACAAACCUUCAACCAGAAAAAGUUAUUGACAAUCUUGCUAAGAUCCUAAGUGACCUUACAUCCAAAUUAGACAUGCAAGAAAAACACAUCUUGUCUCUUCAAGAGAGCGUUGAGGAACUUGCCAGAUCGAAUUCCAAAAACGAAAAUAGUUUGAAAGACCUGAAUGCAGAAGUAAGCGAACUGAAAAGAGCGGUUGCAACGAAAGACGAUAUCAUAAGAAGCAUGGAUAUUAACUUUACGCGACAAGCCGAGGAGACUGAAAAAUUGAAAACAGAGUUCUCUGAACUGCAGAAUAAAUUAAAUGGGUUACAGUCAUACAUAUCAAAAGAUGAAUCUGGAAGAGAAGGAAUGCAAUUUCAAGAAUAUGAAAACAGAUCUAUACAACCGAAUACAAGCACAACAGAUUCCAAUGGCUCGAAUCUAAAUACCUCAACUGGAACGGAACAAGAAGAUCGGCAAAAUUUAAGCGAAGAUAUUCUACUGAAUAGAACAAUAGGUGAUUAUAUGCGAACCAGGGCACACAUUUACCACAAUAAUGUAGGCCGUUGGACAAGAGGUGUUUCACAGGUUGCAUUCCAUGCAGUGGUUCUUACACCAGAGGUUCACCAUCUUGGGCGCGGACAAACUGUAGUUUUUGAGACUGUUCGCUUGAACCUAAAUGGAGGUUAUAACCGAUUCACUGGCAUCUUCACUGCUUCAAAACCUGGACUUUAUUUAUUUUCGUUAUCUGUGUUGAGCCACAUUGACCCAAAAUCUAAGUUCAAUGUUUGUAUUGUAAAGAAUGGAGUUAGGUUAGUUACAGUAUAUGGGCAUGGUGAUUCUCCUGGCAAGCGGUCUCAAGGUUCUGUCACUGUUGUGAUGCAGCUAAAUAAAGGGGACCAUGUAUGGGCUAAAAAUGUUAAUGUUCACGAUGCCUCUAUUGGUGGCUGGGGGUACACCAGUUUCACAGGUGUUUUACUCUCUGCUAUAUGA